ACUGUAACACACACAGAUACAGAUACACAGGCACACACACACAACACAAAGAGAGAACAGACUGGUCAAACACCGACCUGCUUGGACAUUUAGGUGCACAAUAAAUUAUGGGCAAAAAGCAUAAAAAGCACAAAUCAGAAAAGCACACAUACGACGAAUGCGCAGACAGGCCGCUGAAGCUCGUUCUGAAGGUGGCGGGUAAUGAGGUCACCACUGGAAGCGCCAGCCUCGAACCCGUCCGCGACAACCAGGUAGAUUCUGACAAACACAAGGACAAGAAGAAGAAGAAGAAAAAGAAGGACGAAAAGGACAAAGAGAGCCCUCCAGGUUCGCCUGGCGAGGACAGGAAACGAAAGAUGACGAAGAAGAGGAAAGGUCUCGAAUCGGCGGAUCUGGACUGGGACGAGCAGAGCAGAACUCCGGCCCGGUCGGACGUAUCGCAGGAUAAACCCCUCACUCCUUUACUGGCUAAACCGGAAGAAAAAGAGCAGACUCCACUACAGGAAGCACUGAGUCAGCUGAUCAGGCAGUUACAGAGAAAAGACCCGAACGCGUUCUUCUCGUUCCCUGUGACGGACCUGAUCGCCCCUGGCUACUCUCUGAUCAUCAAGAGGCCCAUGGAUUUCAGCACCAUGAAGGAGAAGGUGAAGAGAGAGUGCUACCAGUCCCUGGACGAGCUGAAGAUAGAUUUCAAGAUUAUGUGCGAGAACGCCAUGAUUUACAACAAGCCGGAUACAAUUUACUACAAGGCUGCGAAGAAGCUUCUCCACUCUGGAAUGAAGAUCUUGAACCCUGAAAGGCUUGCGAGUCUGAAGCAGAGCAUUGAGUUUAUGACAGACUUGAAGCCAGGAGGAUCAGAUGACAGAGAGGAACAGGGGUCAUCCAGUGACCCCAAAGACAGGUCGUCUCCCAUGGAUACCAGUGACAACUCGCAGUCACCCAGAGUGGCACACCGAGACACACCCAGUAAGGAAUCCAAAGAGGAAGCUCAGAGGAGCGUGAACCAGGCAGAGAAAGAUCUAGAAGAGAUUAAAAAGCUUAUAGAAGAGUCCGGAGGUAAAUUGUCCAUCAGGAGCCUUCAGUGCGAGCAGGACUUUGGGCGGAGGAAGUCUGACGGUACGACCACACUGGGCAUCGUCAACCCUGCUGAUCCGAGUGCUGGAGAUCCUGGGUACUGUGCAGUGAAGCUGGGGAUGAUGGGAGGUCGGUUGCAGACUGGAGUAAACACUUUACAGGGUUUUAAGGAGGACAAGAGAAACAGAAUCACUCCAGUGACGUACAUGAACUACGGACCUUUCAGCUCGUACGCUCCGACUUACGACUCCAGCUUUGCGAGCGUCAGUAAAGAGGACUCGGAUCUGAUCUACUCCUGCUACGGAGACGAGUCCAGCCUGCAGGGUUCUGAGAGUAUUACAGAUUUCCUGGCCAAGUCAGAAGAGCAUAUGAGCAGACUGGCGGAUAAUAUCUUGGACUCGCUGACCAACGGAGAGCACUCCAGACAUCUGAAAGAGACCAAGGCUACUGGCCAAGAAGAGGAAGAGCCGGCAGAGAAGUCAGACGCUGCUGAUGAUGUCGAGGUGGUCGGGUCAGAGUUGAAGACUGCGAACAGCAUGACCGUUCUCAAUUCAGUCAUCAGUCUGGAUUCUGGCCUCGACCUCCUACCGGCAAGCUUCGACUCGCAGGAAGCCGAACAGUUCCAGAAGAAGCUGGACGAGACGACGGUUUUGCUGAGGGAUCUGCACGAAGCUCAGAGAGAGAGACUUAGUGCCAAACAGCCUCCUAAUAUGAUCUGCCUGCUCGCACCGAAUGCGAAGGAGUUACAGCUAGCGGAGAAGGUGACUGAAAACUUGGCUCAGCUGACCAGUCAGGUGACUCCUGGAGAUGUGAGCAGCGUGUAUGGCAUUAGGAAAGCCAUGGGCAUAUCACUGCCUAGUGAACCUGCAGAGGGUACAUUCACACACCUGACUACAGUGGGAGCGGAGCAGCUGGACAGAGCGUGUAUGGGCUCAGACGCCGUCUCUGCUAUCACAGUGUAACUGUAUUGGUCAUUGCUGUACUGAUGCUUAUUUUGUCUGAUGUUUAUAUAUAUUUUGCUUAAUAAAAUGUGUGGAUUUUAUAAAUAUA